GAAAGACCUAGAAGCUUUGAGGGCGUGGUGUGCCAGAAACCCAGGACCUCCUGCUCACCCCCAGGGCCAUCUGGUCCAGAUCACUGCAGGGGGCAGUGGAUGGAGCUCUGCAGCCCAGUCUCUGGCAUCCUUGACCUGCCGGUGGCGACAGUGACAGUAACCUCUCCAGGACCAAGACAUGAAGGUCGCUGUGUUGGACCUGGGGUCUCUCUUUGCCAAGAUCUUCAAGACCUCCACAGCAUCCUCUGCAGUCCCCAGCCACGCUGGAGGCACAGCGACUGCAGGGUCAGUGGGCUCCAUCGCCAACACGUCCCCUAGUGAGGCGGCCACCCUGACUCUGUUCCCAUUGCUGCCUGCAGACACCACAGCCCCACGGGAGCCUGCUACCCCUCUGCACACCCCACUCCCUGCCUCGCACCCCAGGAACACGUCAGCCACCGGUAGAGGGGAAGCCGCAGGGUGCCCGGGAUCUCUGCCCAGCAGCCCAGGACCAUCCAGAGCACUGCCCUUAGUCCCCUACAGCAACUCUGCUGGCUCCGUGGCAUCAGUCGCUUUGCCCAGCCCAGGCGCUGUCUGGACGACCCUGCCCUCUGUCACCAUCCCUGUGGGCAGCAACAGCAGCACAACCUUGAGUCCACGGAACACUCGCCAGCUGCCAGGUCCGGGCGAGCGAGAGCCCACUCCGUGGAUGGCCCCAGGGCCUGGCCCAAAAACUCUGUUUUUCACCCUGCCAGACAUUGGCGAGGAAUGGGCUUCAGACAGUGACUCCCAGGAUGACCCAGAAGGAAGGGGGCUUUCCGAAGGACUCAGGAAGGGCAAUUCUGCAAAGAGCAAAGAGCCUCUGCCUACAAACUUUACAAGAAAUGUACAGAAAGCCAUUGAUAAAUAUGCCAGUGCGUUCCCUUCACCCUUCUCAUCCAGUGGGAGCAGCACGCCCACGGAGGCCCACAGUUCAUGGUCUUGCUCUUCCACGCAGAGUUCCGCCACCGGGUUGUCUACGGAGAGGAGCUCAGUUUCUUCUUGGAGAGAUGAUGAAUUUGACAAAGUCAACGCACAGAAAGUCCAGCAGCUGUUCUGGGAGGUUGAGGAAAUGCUGUUUGAAGGGAAAGUGAGUCCCCAGACCCAGAAUCUCCUGGCUGAAUGCAGUGAGUGGACAAGAAGAUUCCCCCAUCUUAGGGUGUUAGGAAGACAGCUCAUCCCACCAGCUGAUGAAGGUUUCCAACACUUCCAGGGGAGCCUGCCUAGUGCUGAUAGCCACAAACCUUCACCUCAUGUCCCUGACCACAGCAGCAGCAUCAGAGAGUUGUGUAUCUCUGGCUCUCAGAUAGUCCCAGAGGUACUUUCAGACUCUGACCCAACAGAUCCCGAUGGCCUACAAUUGGCUAGUCCCACAUCAUAUUCAUCCCUGAAAGAAGAGUUGUACCAUGUGGAUGGAAACAUUGAGGAAUAUUUUGCUUUCGACAGAAAACAAGAUGGAGAUGAGCGUCUUGAACAAAACCCAACACUCCGUGGCAGGAAGUGGCAUCGGCAUGGGCUUCCUCCCGUUUCCCCUCAUGACUGUGUCAGAGAUGCUGUGGCGGCAGAAGUGUUUGAUCACGUUUGGACCAAUGUGGUAGAAAUACUGGAAGACCUCAUUAGAAAAACCUGGGAAUCUUCACUCACAGAUGAAAAAAAGCAUAAAGAAAAACUGAAAGUAGCCGAAAAUCGAUCUCCAAACGUGCCCAUGCCUCGUGUCAGCAUGGAUGUUUCCAGCGUUCCUCCAUCCCGGAGCUCGGAAACUCUCCACGCGUCCUUGGCCUCCCACUUUAAUCCACCCCAGUUUUCUCAGCUCCAUCGCUUUUCCAGCAACUUCUAUAGCGACUUGAGUGGUGUAAUGACGAUUCAAGCCAAACCGCUUCAGCAGAGACCCACUUAUUUUGCAGAUAAAACACAGAAUGAGCAAGAUGACAACCUGUCUGGGGGAGGGGUCGGAGGAGCAUUUUCCAGGCACAAGCUGGGGCGCAUCCCAGACCCCCGGGGCCCACAGACUUCUGCUAAGAAGACACCCUUGCAUAGGAGAUUGCCUUCAAUUGCUUCAGACCCACAGAGACUGAGGACCCCCACUGUCUACAGUGAUGAAGUUUUGAGAGGAACCAAACUGCAAACUGGCAUUGAGCACCUGCCUUCCUCAGCAGUUCCAACCUCCAGGAGCCGGUUACCCCCAAUAGGCUCUGAGGCUGGCGAGCAGAACGGAGUGGCUUCCGGAUCCCGCCCGGUUUCUUACAGGGGACGGCACCCACAAAGCCGCAUGCUCAGUGCAGUGCCUGACAGCAUCGAGCGGUCACCCCUUCGAGAAAGAACCAUAGUGCUGGAGCACUUUUCAAGGCCCAGCACCACACACACCUUCCGGUCGGAUACGCCGCGGAAAGGUUCCCUGACGCCCAUGGACCUCGUUGCUCACACUUGGACAGGUCAAAGUAUUUUGACAGGUUCACAGUAUCUGCCCAGAUCCUAUCAGAGGGCAACUCUGACAGCAAGAAAGAGGUUCCAAGUGGCGUCGUGACACCUACUGCUGCAAAACGAUGCACUUGCUAGAACAUCGGAGGCCUUGGCCACACCAUCUGUCACCUGAAAGGCGGAGGAACCAGUAUUAGCUGGUGUAUAUGCUCAGCUCUCUGACAGCAGGGGAUGGUAGAAUACCCAAGAGAAACGCGAGAGAAUAAGUAGCUUAGUUCUCAACACUUGUAAAGCAUUGUAAAGAGAACAGAAGCUGAACUCCCUCACCCCUAUGGGAAGCAUGCCUGAAGCUCCGUGGGCUCCUGUGC